AUGGCAGCCAAGGCGCUCAUCAAUGAACCCAGUCAGGUGGUUACAGAGGCGCUGGAGGGCCUGGUGGCGGCCACUCCUCACCUCGCCCUGCUGGAGGGCUUCCCCUCGGUGAGUGCGACCCCCCCUUUUCAACUGUUGUCGCUCCAUACCUCUGCACACGUGCUAAUGGGCUUGCCAGCGCCCCACGCAGGCGGCGGCUCAGGGCACGAGCCAGCCACGGCAGGCUAUGUGGGGGCUGGCAUGCUGACGGCAGCAGUGUGCGGUGAGGUGUUUGCUUCACCAAGCGAGGAUGCCGUGCUGGCCGCGAUUCGGGCCACCACCGGCGAAGCAGGCUGCCUGCUGGUAGUGAACAACUACACCGGGGACCGGCUGAAUUUUGGGGCGGCCGCCGAGCGGGCCAAGGCAGAGGGGCUGGACGUGCAGACGGUGGUGGUGGCAGAUGACUGUGCGAUCAAGUCCAAGGCGGCGGUGGGCCGCCGCGGCAUUGCAGGCUCGGUGUUUGCCCUCAAAGCGGCGGGCGCAGCUGCUGCCUCCGGCGCAAGCUUGGCUGAGGUGACGGCGGCGGCAGAGGCCACCAUCAGCCGUGUCGGGUCCAUGGGCGCCAGCCUCACCGGAUGCACCUUGUUUGGGCAGCCAAAGAGCGACAGGUGGGCUGCAAGGGAGGUGGAGCUGGGGCUCGGGGUUCAUGGAGAGCCAGGCACAUACCGCGAGAAGCUGAGCACGCCACGUCAGCUCGCCCGUUUGUGCUGCACCCUUAGCCCUUCUCCAAUCUGCGUGCCCCACUUGGGUGCAGGCGAGCGCGUCGCGCUGCUGGUCAACAACCUCGGAAGCACCACCGCCCUGGAGAUGCACGUGGCCGCCCAUGCCGCCGCACAGCUGGUGCAGUCGCAGCUGCACGUGGAGCUGGAGCGGCUGUACUGCGGGCGCUUCAUGACUUCCCUGGACAUGCAUGGCCUCUCGAUCACCCUCCUGCGCCUGGACGAUGCCACCCUGGAGCUGCUGGAUGCGCCCACCAAGGCACCCGCCUGGCCCUCCACGCCGGCAGUCUACUCGGCCGCCAUUCAGCUGCUGCCGGUGCCUGCCGGAGCUACCGACGAGCAAGUCGCCGGCAGGAGCAGCGCUGAAGGCCCCAGCAGCGAGCAGGGCCAGCUGGCCCACCGUUGCAUCGCGGCUGUGUGCGAGGCGCUGGUGCAGGCUGAGGCGGAGCUGAAUGCGCUGGAUGCCAAGGUGGGCGACGGCGACUGCGGCAGCACCCUGGCCCAGGGCGCGGUGGCCAUCCAGCAGCAGCUGGCAUCCUUGCCACUCGACGAUCCGUCGGCGGCAGCGCUGGCGUUGGGGCGCCUUGUUGGACGCGCGAUGGGCGGGACAAGCGGCGCCGUGUACAAAAUCCUCCUGACGGCAAUCGGCGCCAGCCUGCGGCAGCACCAUGCGGAGCAACCCACUCUGGCAGUUGUGGCCACUGCCGUGCUGGACGGCGCGCGGGCUGUCAGCAAGUAUGGCGGCGCGCAGCUGGGCAGCCGCACGAUGCUGGAUGCGAUCAUCCCUGCUGCUCAGGUGCAACGAGGGGGUUGUUGGACCUUUUGCUUUUGCCUUGAAAGCUUUCCAUGCAUCCCACAGCAGGGCACCCCAUCGAAUGUCUGCAGGUGCUCAAGGAGGCGGCAGCGGCGGAUCGGCCCGCGGCGCAGGCCGCUUCUGCGGCUGCUGCCGCAGCGACCGCGGGCGCAGAGGCCACCAAAAACAUGGCGGCCGCCGCUGGCCGCAGCAGCUACGUGCCGGCUGAGCGUCUGGCGGGGCACAUGGACCCCGGUGCCCGGGCAGUGGCGCUGUGGCUGGGUGCUGUGGCAGCGGCGCUCUAGUCUGAUUAUGUGGCCAGAGAGAUUGUUUUGA